AUGACAGCCGACGAGGAAGCAUGGGACCUCGACACGGAUGAGAUCCGCUCAAUCGACUCGGAGGAGCUCUACGACACCAGACCGAAUCGCUGGAGAGGGCCCAGGUCAACAUGGCGCAGCUACACGCAAGAAGAGCGACUGCUUCAUCGCUCAAUGGAGCAAGAUCGUAACCGCGAUCUCUCAGUCCAUCUGUACAAUGUCUUUGCGCUGAAGAACCGUCCGGCGGCAGCGACAGACGCAUUAGACGUCGAUGCAGACGAUGCAGAGGACGCGGAUAAGCCGCUGAAGGAUGUCGUGGACAAGAGCAACUGGCGCCCGCCGAACAUGUGGACGGCAUGGCCCAUGAGCACGCAGACUGUACCCGGCGACGACUUCAUGAAGGAGACCCACGACGGCGACGACGCGUUCACCGUUCGCUCCGACGCCGUGCAGAUGCCCAGUACAGCACUGGAGGAAGAAGUCACAGCUACCAUUCUAAGACAGGCCAAAGAGCGCUUCCGUCGCCGGCAGGAAAAGUACGAGCGGAAAGAAGCCGCCAGGGCCCGCUCAGCGCAAGAGACGACGGCGGCGUCCUCUCAGUUAGUCACCACAUCCGACGACGCCCAAGACUCUUCCGCCGAGGAGAGACCGCACGCCGAGGCCUCUGACGAGCCGCCCCGGAUGACGAAACCAGCGAAAACAUACGAGGCAGUCGUCUCCGCCAACGACGAACUCUCGUCCGACAUCCUCCGCCCGUCGGUCCGGCACAUCCUCUCGACGCUCGACAACACGCUGACGACGCUGCACAACGCCCGCCUCGCAGGGCUAAGCUACAUGACCGACUCCUCGGCGUCAGCGACAGACGCAUCCGACGUCUCGGACGCAGCUAGCGUCUCGUCCGUGGCAUCGCGGGCAUCUUCAGGGAGACGGGGUAAGAAAGGCAGGCCGAGGAGUAAAGCGCCGCGCACGCCGGAGCCGGAGCGCGAUACCUCGCAGAGGAGAGGUCGGCCGAGGAAGGCCAUGACGCCGUUGCCGGGCGAGACGGAGAAGGACAUGAAGAUCAGGAUCGCGAGGCAUCAGAAGAGGAGAAUCCCGUAUCCGUCAGACGAGGAGGAGGAGGAGGAUAACUACGACGACACGGGGGCGGAAACGUCGCCAACAAAGUCACCUCGCCGCAGACGAGACCUAUCACCGCACGCGAGGAUGGAAGCAAGGACAAAGUCCCACGAGGGCGUCCUCGGGAGGUGGGGUUUGAGGGACUGGAGCGACGUCAUCGGCGCGGCGUCGCUCUCUGGGUUCAACCCGGAGGUCGUGGCGAGAGCGGCGCAGCGGUGCGCGGAUUUGUUCGGGCAGGGGAUGGACAUGCAGACUCUCCAUGAGGGCCCGGCACUUAAGGGGCCAAAGGCCCAGAGGAUACGGUAUCUCCCUGGUUCUCGCCGCGGCCACGAACAACCGCUCUCGAGUUCCUCCGAUGAGGAGGAGGAGGACGACGACGAUGACUCCGUCGCGAAGCGGAGGGUGAAGAGGCAACGGGGUAGUCGGGGACGACGGGAUAGCGUCCCGCCUAGCGACUCCGACGCCGCGGCGCGCGGGAGGACGUCGAGGCCGACGAGCAGAGGACGUAGUACGUCACGGUCGUCCUCGGUCGGGCUCUUCUUCUGUCCCGUUGCCGGGUGCGAGAGGGCCCUGGAGGGGUUCGGGCGGAGGGCGAAUCUGCAGCGGCACGUGGCGAGGGUGCAUCCCGGACAGGAGGUGGACGUUGGCGACGUGGAGAGCGAGAACGAGAUGUUUGGCGCCGUGCACGUCGACGGGUUCCUGAAGCCGAUCCGGGCGAGAAAGGGUUGGAGGGCGGAGGACACGGGGCAGAGGAAGCGGAAGAGGCAUUACCGCGGCCGGAGGCUCGCGAGCGGCGACGAGGGGACUACUACUCAAGGCGAGGAGACCGUUUGGGAUUCUACGUGA